UCGGAUCUCUUUUGCAAAACCAAUCUCCGAUCAUUUGCCGAUGAGAGAAAAUACCGAUCACCCAAAAGCAAGCAACAUGGAAGAAGCCACAAAGGUUGACCCAGUUAACCCCAUCAUCAGAGUCGGUGAGGAGAGAGAUAUUGGGAAAGAUGGCCUGAAGAAGAAGUUGGUUAAGGAAGGUGAAGGGUGGGAGACUCCCGAUAUUGGUGACGAAGUUGAAGUGCAUUAUACUGGAACUUUGAUUGAUGGAACCAAGUUUGAUUCCAGCCGGGAUAGGGAAACUCCUUUUAAAUUCAAUCUUGGCGUAGGGCAAGUAAUCAAGGGCUGGGAUGAAGGUAUCAAAACCAUGAAGAAGGGUGAAAAUGCCAUUUUCAAUAUACCGCCCGAGUUGUCGUAUGGUGAAUCCGGAUCACCUCCAACUAUUCCUCCUAAUGCAACACUUCAAUUUGAUAUGGAGUUGCUUUCUUGGACUAGUGUCAAGGACAUAUGCAGAGAUGGAGGAAUCUUCAAGAAAAUACUUGUCGAAGGGGAGAAACGGCAGAACCCGAAAGAUUUGGAUGAAGCAUUUGUUAAGUAUGAAGUUUGUUUAGAAGAUGGUACACUGGUUUCAAAAUCGGAUGGGGUGGAGUUCACUGUAGGAGAUGGCUAUUUCUGCCCUGCCUUUGCCAAGGCCGUAAAAACGAUGAAGAGAGGGGAGAAAGUUCUGUUGACAGUGAGGCCACAGUAUGCAUUCGGUGAGGAUGGUAGGUCGGCAUCGGGCAGUGAAGGUGCUGUUCCUCCGAACGCUAUGCUCCAUAUCACUCUUGAGUUGGUUUCUUGGAAGACCGUUGCCCAUAUCACGAAGGACAAUAAGAUCAAGAAGAAGAUCUUGAAGGAAGGAAAGGGUUAUGAUCGUCCCUCUUCUUUGUACUCUUUGUUAGUGAAAUUAAUCGGGAAGUUGGAGGAUGGGAAAAUCUUUGUGAAGAAGGGUCAUGAUGAGGAGCCCUUUGAGUUCAAAGUUGAUGAAGGACAAGUAGUUGACGGUCUUGAAAAAACUGUGAAUACCAUGAAGAAAGCAGAGCAUGCACUUAUUACCAUACAGCCCGAAUACGCUUUCGGUUCAUCGGAGUCACAGCAGGAGUUGGCUGUUGUUCCUGCAAACUCAACUGUGUAUUAUGAGGUUGAGUUGGUCUCAUUUGUGAAGGAGAAAGAAUCUUGGGAAAUGAAUGCACCAGAAAAGAUUGAAACGGCUAUGAAGAAGAAAGAAGAAGGUAAUGCAUUGUUCAAGACUGGUUACUACGAGAGAGCAUCAAACAGAUACGAGAAGGCUAUCAGGUACAUAGAGCAUGACUAUUCUUUCAGCCACGAGGAGCAGCAGCAAUGUAAGUUGCUAAAAGUAACUUGCAAUCUCAACAAUGCAGCUUGCCAAUUGAAACUCAAAGAUUACAAGCAGGCUGAGGAGCUAUGUACCAAGGUGUUAGAGCUUGAAAGUAGGAAUGUGAAAGCGCUAUACAGGAGAGCUCAAGCAUAUAUACAACUUGUUGAUUUGGAUUUGGCAGAGGCGGAUGUAAAAAAAGCCCUGGAGAUCGACCCUAAUAACAGGGAUCUAAAGAUGGAGUACCGAGUCCUGAAGGAGAAGAUGAGGGAGUAUAACAAGAAGGAUGCACAAUUCUAUGGCAACAUAUUUGCAAAGAUGACCAAGUUAGAGCAAUCAACUACAACAAAACAGGACCGGCCAGCCCCUAUGAUCAAGGCAUGAUUAAGCCAUGCAUGAUGAUGAUAUUCUUCUAGUUCAUCUAAUAAAAUGAUUGUCUUUGGAUUCUCAAGAAUGUUUACAUGAUGUUAAAGUCAUGUCCUUUGACUGCAUGUUGUAUUUGCAUCA